AUGAUUUCUCGGCUUGGCUAUAUAUAUUCCUUCUUUGACCAGCAUCGAAUUACAAAUCUUCUUCAACAUUCAAUGGCUCCCAGGUACAUACCCAAGCCUGGUACCGCUCCCAGCGUCCCUCGCGACGCUAGAGAGACCUAUAACACUUUGAAACGUGGUGGUGUUGUCAUCAUCCCAACCGAUGUUGGCUACGCACUCUUGACCAGCACACAGACUGGAAUCCAACGGAUUUUUUCAGCAAAAGACCGUCGAGAAGGCCACAACAUCGGUAUAAUCGGGACAUACAAACAGCACCGCCAGAUCCAUGUGCUCUCCGAGGCCAAGUUUGAAAUGACACGGGUCCUGACAGAAGAUAUGGCAAUGAUUGUCGGGAUCAUUGCUAAAUACGAUACGAAAAGCCUGCAUCCACGUUUGGCAGCCCUUGAUCCCGCUACGCUAUCCCAGGUCACUAAGGGUGAUACGGUCAGUAUCGCAGUUCCCGAAGGUCCAUUUCUAAGGGAACUCGGUCGUCUGUGUGAUGAGGGCCCCGAGGGCAUGUUAAUGUUCGGAACUUCGGCCAAUCUUACUGGCCAGGGACAACGAUUCCGUAUUGAAGAUAUUGAGCCAAGAGUGAUUGACGCGGUGGACUUAGUGGUGGAUUACGGGUUACAGAAAUGGCAGGUUUACAGGCGUGGUGGCGUGAAUUUCGAUGCAGAGAACAUGAAGGUCCUACGGAAGGGAGCCGGGUACGAGGUUUUUCGCGACCGAAUGCUAAGAUGGUUCCCCAAUCUACUGAAGGAUGCUGGUGUAAGCCUUGAGGAGGAUCCUGAUUUCCAGAUUAGCGAGCCUGGAAUGCCUGCUACCUAA